CGCGAUAUUUUUCUUGCUUGCAAGAUGCAACUGCUCUUUCCUUAGCAACGAAGUCGCCAACUACCGCCCAAAUGCAAAAACCUACGGGCGGUUUCCACCCGCCCUCACACUCCAACGUCCAAUCCUCCAAUCAUCAGAGAAUCAUAUAAAUUCUUCUGUGGCUGAGAGAGAGAAAGGAAGACAGAGAGAUAGAGAGCCGAUGAAGCUGAACGCUGCGUCUCGGGGUUCUUUGUUCAGUGUGGUGGUUCUCCUUGCUGCAUGUUGGGACCUAGGGUUCUGCGGGGACGGGGAGGUUCGUUUGAUCAGGAAGAUCAAGCCCGUUUUCGGAGCGUUUUGCGACCGUAACGGGAUGCGAAAUAGCGCCGAGAUCGUCGGCGUUGCCCGAUUCGCUGUGGAAGAAUACAACAAGGAGAAGAACACGCUUCUUGAGUUUAGAAGGGUAUUGAAGGCAAAAGAACAGGUGGUUGCUGGUAAAAUAUAUCAUCUUACAUUGGAGGCUGUUGAUACUGGGAAGAGAAAAAUAUAUGAAGCAAAAGUUUGGAUCAAGCCAUGGAUGAACUUCAAGGAGUUGCAGGAGUUUAAGCAUGCCCAAUAUGCCCCUAAAAUCACCUCUUUGGGAUCUCAAUGCUGAACAAGAAAAACAUGAAAAAGCUCGGGGAGGGUGCAUAUUCAUCAACAUUGUAAAAUUCGCUGUUUAUUGUAGUUGUGCUCGGCUACUUGGCUUCCUUGCUAACACACCUUGCCUACGAAGGUAUUGUGAGAUUGCAUUCUCACUUGGCGCUUGUUGCUUACAUUGUAUUCAAUGCUUAUAUGUGUGUACUCGGGGUGUGUCCUAGGUUAAGUUAACUUUUAGCUGAUUAGUAAAAAGUUUGUGUGCUACAACUAGUGUUACACGACCCUUACAUGUUGUGAAGUGUUGGGCCUGUGACACAUGGUGAUGUAUUUGGAUAUGUUUGAUGCUUGCUUCCUGAAUUCAGUAAUGUUGUGCACACUUCCCCCCUUGGAUCACAGAGGAAUUGAAAUUCAGACCUCGAUACCCAUUCCCCAUGUUUGGUUUGCGUAAAUCAAGACAUAAUCACAUUUUGACUGGAA